CAUUUUGUUGCCAUCGAGCAUUCGGAUGAAUGUUGGUGCUGGAUGGAAAACGUAAUGGAUAGUCUAAAAUAGAGACAAGAAAAAUUAUUAAAAUAAGAGAAAGAAGUUUUUUAUUCAUAGAAAUCGGAUUUUGUUACAAGACGAGAAAUAGUUUUUUAGUCAAACUCUCAACUUUGUCAGCAACGACUGUUUUAGUUUAAAAUGGUACUUUGUUGAAUUCAAAGUUAUUCAUUGUAAUAUUUUCAGUCAAUCAUCCAUUAUUGCUUUAUUUCGCUCUCAGAUGUCAUCACUCCUAUUCUUUUCGAGCAUAAAUUACAAUGAAAUAGAGAGUUAUGCUUAUGAUCUAUUUUCUAAGACCGUAAAAAUAAAGAAUCUUUUCGUUGAAAACUGAAUAAUCAUGUUAAACAAAGAUCGAUUCCGCAGAGAUUGCUGUAGAAUAACAGUACAAUGGUACUUUUGAUUUCUAAUUCAAAUGCCUUACAUUAUUUCUGUUUUUUAUUCGUCAACUACUUUUUAUUGGAUGGUCUUAGAUAGUUUAAAAAGUAUGAACUUAUGUUAUUUUUUCAUGUUACUUACAAUUACAUUAUCAUCAGAAAACGAUCUUAGAAAGGAAUUAAUUACAUUGGCCACUGAGUAGAGUGAUUUUUUUUACAGUUUAUAUACAGAUCAAAAUGGAUCAACACUUCUACAAAUUAGAUCACGAUGAGCAACGAAUAAAUCUGAUUUAUUCAGUUUCGCUUGAUUUACGACAUCGAAAGGUAUUUGUCGAAAGUUUAAUUUCUUUGACUCACAUUCAGAGCCAAUUAUCCAUUAGCCAUUCGAAGAUAUUCAUCUAGUCAUCUAGCUCAGUUUCUGAAACUUUUUUCAGUGACUAGAGCUGGAAUCAAACUGAAUUAGUUCAGUUUUGGACUUUGAUUGUGAACGAGGUCAAAUUUUCUGAAUACAAAAAACGAAUAAUUAGCAAAGUAGAAUAUAUCUUUUGUUUUCUUCAUAUUUCACAUAAACAUACGACUAACAUGGAUUUAUUUUCAUAAUCAACUUGCAUUUGGAGAAAUUCUAUUUCGAAAAUAAAUAAAUUUAAAAAAGUCAUACUAUGUGAUUAUAUCUUGUAUAAUGAAAGUUCUAUUUAAAAGUUUCAACUAAAUUAAUCUAUUUAGUAUAAUAGAAAAAUAGCAAACAUUUGAUUGACGAAGAAUUAAGAAAAAGAGUUUAUUAACAUGUUGAGAUCAUUGAAAUGGAACAAGAAAAGAUAAAAUUCAAUUUUCAAUAGUAUUGAUGUAGUUUAAAAGACACAAAAUUGUAUUCAUCUUGAUGAUAUAGUUUCAUCGCAACUAUCGUUGGACAGUUGUAAUACGAGUUUCGAAACUCUUGACUUUCAUUGUUGAAAUAUAAUAUGCAAACACUAUAAGAAGAAGCAAUAAAUUUCAUAUUUUCUUGAUUUCUACCCAAGAUAAUACUGAGAUAAAAGCUAGUAGUUUUAUAUGAUUAGGUUUAUAAUAGAUAAAAAAGAGCAAUAAUAGAGACAAAACGAAGUUUAUUGAGAAAUGUAAACAACAUUUGAAAUGGCAAAUUAUCUAUUAAAAGAACCAACUUCUUUAACCAAAUAACUAUCAACAAAAUUCAGAUGAAAGAAUGACACACACUCGUUCUUAAUGAGCAUGUCAAUAGAUGUUGAUACUCAAAUCUACAUCAAUUCACCACUUCAUAUCUAUAUCCUCAUCAGCUAACAUAUAUUACAAAAACAUUGUAGAAGUUGUAUGAUGUUCUUCUUAUUGAUAAGGACAUUAGGAGACUUUUUGAAAGAAUAGUUGACAUUUUAGCUUCUGAUAUAAUGAGGUAUUCCAUGCAGAAAAAAUACUAGAUUUUAAAACGAUUUCUUGCCAACAUUAUUUCUAUUAUAUAUGUAACAUCGAGAAAUUUUGCAAAACUUUCAUCAUACCUGUUUAUUGUUUAUCCUACUAUAUGUCUAUGACUUGUACCAAUUCAAAUAAUUGAAAGAAGAUCUCGAAUGGAAACAAUUGAGAUAUAGACGACUACUGGUAUUUUAUUUAAAGACUUUCGAUUGUUCGAAUGAAGAACAUUUGUAACGCAAGUUUGUGCUAACUUUAAGACCUUGUUUUCUUUCAUAUUCAGCGAAAUAGUGAUUGUUUUGGAAGAAAUCUUCAUGAUAAGCAAGUUUACUUACAAGUCACAAUUAUUAGUCAUAGGAACUGAAUAUUUCAAUUGAUUGCUUUAAGAGAUUUCAAGAGAUCCUUGAAAUAUCUAGGAAUUAUGCACUAGUCUUAAUGAUGAAAUAUUGAACCACAUGGGUAGAUAAGAGGUUAUUGAAAAAUGAUGUCAAAAAAACAUUCUUUCGUCGAACAGGUAAUAAAUUAGUGAUGGAUACUUAACUGGUGUCUACUGAAGAAUUAUAAUGUAUUUGAUUGCUCUUCACUUCAAUGUUCUAAAGACAAUGGAAGCUUAAAGUUUUAACAUAUGUACUAUUUCAUAUCGACUAUAGUAUAAAGUAGAAAAUUCCAAAUUGUUACUAAGUUUGAAAUUUACAUGGCAAAAUUACUGUAAAGUUCAUUCUGUUUGGUCAUGGGAAGUGAGCCAAACUUUUGUGAACCAAAGUGCGCUACUGUCGACGUGUUUUAAAACCUUUCGCGUUGAUAGUAGCGCACUUUGGUUCACAAAAGUUUGGUUCACUUCAUAUGACCAUUCUGUUUUGAUAUUUUCAGAAUUUCUAUCAAUUAAAAAAGUUCUUAGAAAUUUCAAUGUAAGUAUAAUUAUUUCUUUUCUUGAAAUCUAUCGUUUCAAAACUAGUUAAGAAAUCAAAAAUGUACUAACUUGACAUCAAUUGAGACUAAGAGUAUGAGAUAGGGUGAGGGCAAUGGUAUGAUUACACCAUUAGGAUAAAACGAUUAGUACCUACCAUUGUAUCCAUGAAUGUGCUAAUAUUAGGGGAAAUAAGAUAUCUGAUUUUCUCGCGAUGAUGUUCCAUUGUGCAUACUUGUAAAAAUUAGCAAUCAAAGAUCUUGAAAAAUUUAUUAAUCAUUGAAGAUUUGCUACGACCUCAGUAAAAUGAUGACUUUUAAAGAAACAUAGUAAACUAAGAGUGCUCGACGAACAAAAUACAGAUAAUGAUUUAUGAAAGCUUGAAUCUGUUCAACUAAUCAAACAACUUUUUCAAUAGCUGCAUGCUCAAACACCUAGAUUGGCGAUACAAGUGUUCAGAAACUGUCGUUUCAAUUCAAAAGUUUGAAAAUAUGUAAAAUAAAUGAAGGAUAGAGACAGAAAACUGUACACAGUUAUUAUACAGCAAUCGGCAAUACAAUCGGGAACUGUCAAAAGAGCAAAUGUUGAGUUUUCCAUAAGAACAUUUUUCUUUGUUAUUAUCGUUGGAAACAGAUCAUAAGUUUAACUAUCGAUUUCAUUGCAAAUCAUGCUGGUGAAGAAAUGAAGCGAUGUUGUGUCAUUGACAUUUUGUGAACAAUCCUAUGAAAUUAAGAGCAAGCUAAAGGAAGAAUGGAUGGUUGAUUGAAAAUGUUACAGUGAAUAACUUUUAUUUAACAAAAAAAAGUUUAAAAAUAAUCGAUGUUAACAAAGUUGAGAACUUGACUCAAAAAGAAUUCUCGUCUUGUAACAUAAUCCGAUUCCUAUGAAGAGAAACUUUCUUUCUCUCUUAUUUUAAUAAUUUUUCUUGUCUCUAUUUCAGAUUAUCCAUUACGAUCUCCAUCCAGCACUAACAUUCAUCCGAAUGCUCGAUGGCAACAAAAUGGUAUCACUGUAGCUGAAGGAAAUCGACAAGGCAAUGGAAUCAAUCAACUCUCAUACCCAUGGGGUUUGUAUGUUGAUGAUGAUCAAACAAUCUAUGUUGCUGAUCAAUCAAAUCAUCGUAUUGUGGAAUGGAAACGAGGUGCAACAAGUGGCCAAGUGGUUGCCGGUGGAAAUGGACAAGGAAGUGGAGAUCAUCAAUUGUAUAACCCAACAGAUGUGAUUAUCGACAAAGAGAGAGAUAGUCUCAUCAUAUGCGAUUAUUCGAAUAGAAGAGUGGUUCGAUGGCCUCGUCGAAAUGGGACAAGUGGAGAAACAAUCAUCUCCAACAUCUUUUGUUGGGGUUUGACAAUGGACGAGAAUGGAUCUCUCUAUGUCACUGACUAUGGAAAAAAUGAAGUGAGACGAUAUCGAAGAGGAGAAUCUCAAGGAACAGUGGUUGCAGGUGGCAAUGGACGUGGAAAUCGUCUCGAUCAACUCUCUCGCCCCACAUAUGUAUUCGUCGAUCGAGAUCAUUCAGUGUACGUAUCUGAUUGGGACAAUCGUCGUGUGAUGAAAUGGAUGGAAGGUGCAAAACAAGGCAUUGCCGUGGCUGGUGAUCAAGGAGAAAGAAAUGAUCUUACACAAUUGUCAUAUCCUCAAGGAGUCGUUGUCGAUCAAUUGGGCACUGUCUAUGUGGCUGAUGCAGGGAAUAAUCAAAUCAUGCGUUGGCCUAAAGGAGCCACACAAGGAAGUGUCAUUGUUGGUGGAAACGGUAGAGGAGAACAAUCGAACCAACUCUGUGGGCCCGUCGGUUUGUCAUUCGAUCGACACGGGAAUCUCUAUGUCGUUGAUUGGGGAAAUCAUCGAGUACAAAAAUUCAAUAUCGAUUCAAAUUCUUAA